GAAGCUUUGGUGAGCAGAAGAGACUUCUUUUAAAAACAUUACAAAAUCUGACCGUUCAAAAACUUUUGACCUGUGUAUAAAGUCAUUAUUUUUCUUUUGUUUUGUUAUUUCGGGUCUUGUGGGUGUGGAACGACAUGAGGGUGAGUAAUUAAUGACAGAAAUUUAAUUUUUGGGUGAACUAACCCUUUUUUUUUUUUUUUUUUUUUUUUUUUUUCAUUUGUGGAUUAUAAUGAAGGGUUUGUGAAGGAUUUGUGAAUAGGUAUGGGGCGGAGCGACUCGUGGGCAGCCUCGCUUCAAUUCAAGCCACGUUGAGAGUUCUGCAGGCGGGACUGCCAGGUGUUAAAGUGGGGAUGGAAGCAUAAUAUAGACAAAGGGACUUUGAUAUACGCCAUACUUUGCUUGUUUGUCUUGUGGUGAGUUUGCUUUAGCCUCUAUAUGGCUUGAGAGAUCACGUAAAUCGUGAAGCGGAAUAUGGCUGCACUGAACUGAACUGAACUGCACUGAACUGCCAUGUUCCUGAGCCCCUGCAACGAUGCUUUGGCUCUUUUUGUGUUUCGUGGAUGUUCUUGUGGCCUCAUUUGAAGUGAUUGUCACUGAUAAGCAUCUGCUGGCAAUCCGGGGUCAUCCAGCUGUUCUGUGCUGUGAGUUCACACCUGAUCCUGACCUCUCCAGCCUGGUGAUUACCUGGCAACGAUCGGAAGAUUCACAGGUUGUCCACAGUUUCUAUUAUCAGCAGGACCAAUUGGACAGACAGAGUCCAGAAUUCCACAAUCGAACGUCAUUAUUUAUUACAGAGCUUGGUAAAGGAAAUGCCUCAUUAAGAAUUGCAACAGUUAGACCGAAGGAUGCAGGCUUCUACUUGUGCAUAGUGAGCAAUGCAAAGGGAACAGGAAGAGCCUUGAUGAAAGUGACCUAUGGAGCGCUUUACUCUGAGCCCAGGUUAAGCAUCCAUGUAAACUCUUCUGCAUUGACAGUGCAGUUUGAGACAGAGGGAUUCCCCAAACCUGAGGUGAUCUGGCUGGGGGAACAUGGCCAGAACCUCAGCUAUCACCUGGAGCUCCACGACCAGACAGAAGAUGGGCUUUAUUUCAUAAAGAGCAGCUAUGAGGCCCAGAAGCCAGCAGUUAAUGUCACAUUUACAUUAAAGAACCACCUCCUGAACCAGAACCUUCAGAGACCCGUGUGCCUCAGCUAUGAUAAGGACAUAACUGCAAAUCAAGGAACCAUCGCACUUGUCCUGUCCGUGGUUUGUGUUUUUCUGGUCAUUGUUAUCAUUUGGUUAGUGCGGAAGCGAAAUAAGUUGAGAUCAAACAGUUGAUGAUUGCUGUAGGAGCUUUGCAUACAUGUUUCAACAUGUUGCAUUGUUGAGCUCAUUUAUUACAUCACUGACCACAAGCAGAGCAAAAAUCUAUUCAGUGUACAUACAAGCAUUCUUGUGUGAAAUUCUUCAGGUUAACAUCAAUUUACGCUAGAAUGCUUGAAUGAACAGUAUUUAUAGUACAGUAUACACAUGCCAAAAAAAAAGACUGUAAGAGGGAGUCAGAUGGGUGUGUCUAAAGUCAUUUCUUUGUUAACCGCUUAUUUAUUUUUCUGUUGUGUAUUUUUAAAAACUUUUUGUACAAAAUUUAACAAGGGGGAAUUUAUUCACACUUUAAAUUUCAAUUAAAUAUUGAAUGAUUCUGUACUGUAUGAAGUCAGUUGAGUUAAUAUUGUACUUACCUUGACAUAAGUAACAUUCUAACCAUUGCACUCCACACCUUUGAAUAAUAAGCAUUCUUCUAGAUUAGCUCAGACACCCAGUGUUUACAUUAUCAACUGUUCACCAUUACUUGGAUUUUUUCCCAGUGUUGUCAUUGUUGACACAGCUUUUACAGCACUCUUUGGAAUCUAAACAUGCUAUAUAGGCAGGUGAUUCUCAUGAAAUCUUAGUUUCAAAGAUUUCAAACAUGAAAAUUGAAAAAAAUGUUUGUAUUAACAGAUUUCCUUUUUAGACAUUAAGAGCAAGGUCUGAAGUGUUUGUGAUCAUUAAUUUUAAAAGUUUUACUGACAAUGUAAUACGUUUUUGAGCAUAUUUUCCAAAACAAGUCCUUAAAAAUCUCAAAUCUCAUCAAGGUUUCUUUUUUGUAAACCUCUUCUCUGAAAUUUGUCACCAUAGUCUUUGCUAAAGUUUUCCAACAGUUAGUAAAUAUUAUUUAACCUAAUAACUGAUAAUAUAUAUUUAAAAAUAGCCUGUAUGAUUAAAUUCUCAUUACCAAAACAGAAGUUCUCUUUACCGCAAUUGGCCUUAAAUUGUUGCGAUAAGUGAGAAUGGUGUUGCGGAGGAUAAUAUACCAUAGCUUAUUUUGUUAAAUUCAGAGAAGCCAUGAUGAUUUAGGCAACUUUUAUUCAACGUACAUAAUUAGACAUUAAUGAAGUAAAUUUUUCACAGAAAAUUGUUAAAGUUUUUCUAAAUGAGGAAUAUUUCCUGUUACGGUAAUAAUCAAAAUGUCGUUUAUAUGGUCUGACAAGAGAAUUUUGAACUUUUAACUGAAGAAAUAUAAAGCGAUCUGCCUACCUGGUAGCCAUCUUUAAGGUGUUGCUUAAUUCAAAAUCAAGAUUUAUUUAAAAUUUUGUGUGUGUAAAGAGUCCUUAAAAAAAUGUUGCAGAGGAUGAGAACAUCAGUCAUAGACAAUUCAUUUUUCCACUAUUUUUUCAUUUUUAUUAUAUAUUAUACAUUAAUAUUUUUCCUGUCAUUUGAAAACAUCUAUUAGAACAUAUAUAUAUAUAUAUAUAUAUUGUUUAAAUUAGAACAACACACAUUCAGACAUACCUGGACGCAUUGCGGUAAUGAGAAUUUCAGCUGAAAAUGCAGUAAAAUACAAAAAUAAUUCAUUUAUAUGUUGAAAUUACUCUUUGUUCAGUGUAGAGAACAAUAUUUUCUUUAUGAUGAUGUUUUUAUAUAUUACUAAAAUACAUGUUUAAUAUUUAAAAUCAUUGGUGUUUUAAUGGUUUCGUGAGAAUGACCCAUGGCAAUGGCUUUGAAUUUAAUGAUGAGUUUUACACUGCAUAAUACAUCAUGGACCAUAAAUAAUAUUUGUGUAUUUAAGGGUUUGUGAGGAUGAUAAAAUUACUAAAAUUCCCACAAGUCCACAUUGCUUUUCUGCAGUUUUAUUCUCAUUAAAUAUGUGUAGCUUAGCAGAUGGAAAAAAGGUUUCAUCUCUUUCCAGGCAGCUCAGCUGAAACCAACAUUUUUACGGAAAGCUGACUCAACCCGCAGAAACAGAGUUUCAUGAGGGCAUCUGAUUAUCAUCUUCAUUAUUAUCCUGGUUAUUUAGCAAAUUUGGAAAUUAUUAUGUAUGCCCCUUUAUGUUGUUUUAAACCUGCAUGUUUUUCUUCUGUGGAACAAUAAAGAUAUUUUGCA